AUGUGGGCUCCAGCGAAGGAUCGCAGUAGGACGACGGACAUAUGCGAUUUACGAGGUGCAGAUGCGAUUCUUGCUCAACAUGCGCAUCAUGUGUGCUCGUCAACGGUUUUUCUAAACGCCUCGCCUAGCUCGUCCUACCAUCGGAUUGUGCCGAAUCAAGCUCACAUCCUGUCGGCCAGGUACAGUCGUCAUCCACCACGACGGACACAUUACUCAUUAUCACCGAAACUGUCGCAAGGAUCGUAUCGUUCGUCGGCGGCGUUUUCCACCAGCAACGGUUCCAUCGGAAACGAUUCACGGAAGCCGGCUUCCAAUCGGCUAAUGAUCAGAGGAGGUAUGUAG